CACAGCGGCGCUGCAUUACCCCUCCUGACUGUGUAGGACUGUCCUCCACCCCCAACAGCAACCCACAGCAACCUGAUACCGGAGACGAGCGGUCCAGACAAGCCUGCAAACGAGGCGUUCCCAGCCGCCCUGCCUGUCUGUCUGUCUGCCCAGCGGAGCUCCAAACCGUCAAUGCCAAACUCUACCGACUGCCUCGGGGAACAUCCGAACAGGAGAUAUCCAACCCCUCACCUCGCCGUCUACCAGAACGGGAUUAAUAAUCUCCGUCUAUCGCAAACCCGAAAACCUCACUGUUGGCGCCGUUGAUUUGUGAAAUAUUUCCCCCUCAACGAUCGUGAAAUGAGACGGGACCCGGAGAACUAACUGGCUAGCUGUUAGGCUAACAUCGGUUAGCAUCGAUAGCAGUCAGUUUGCGACCCUAACCGAGCUAAUUGGCUGACGUUUAUAUGCCAAAUUCUAGCCUCUUCGUGUCGAAAGGGUGAACUACUUUUUUUUAAAUGUACAACUGAGAAUGGUCUGUGCGUACACCUUUUAGUUUUGCGUCGGUUAUUAUUUUUACGAUAUUUACCUUCUUUUCCUAAGUUUUCUAGUCCCAGACAGUCGCCCCAGGCAGCUAGCAUGUUAGCUAGCAGAUAUGGACGUUGUUGGCUGGCUUGUUGUAGAUGGCAGAUCCGCCAAACAAGUUAGCUUCUUGGUGUAUCUGUCCGGGCUGUGCGGGAGUCGAUAGCAGGACCAACUUUUAUUGCCACUAAAUGUUAGUGAUCACACACGUCGACUCUAACACACCAGCGCCUCUUUUUCGCAUCAUUUCUCUCGAUGUGUUGUUCCAUGACCGGGAGAUCAGUUCAAGUUAUUGAGCUGACGUGAGGAAAAGGGGGUGAAAACAAAGUGUUAUCUGCUAAAUAAGAGGACCAGAAGAAGUGUAACAAGACUUACAGGAGCACCAACUACGAGACUACACUGUCAUGGCUGUGGGCCGAAUCACGAUGAAACCACUCGCAAAAUUUGUGUUUUGCCUGAUGAUUCUCCUGACUUCUGUGGCUGCGGCGCAGGGUCAGGAGAGGGAGUGUGCCUUCACAGACCAGCAGUGGGAGGGGGAGCGAGUGGCCGGGGGCGAAGGCCGAGUCUUCCCAGAGAACGGCACCAUCCGAUGUACCAAGGGCCGCCACUGCUUUGGCCUGUGGGAGAAAAGUCUUCCAGGCGAAGUGCGACUGGUCAAACAAGGUUGCUGGACCCACGUGGGUGACCAACAGGGUUGCCAUGACGACCGCUGCUUGGUGACCAACCUCCCUCCACAGAUCCAGAACGGGACAUACCACUUCUGCUGCUGCGGCAGCGACAUGUGCAAUGUCAACUUCACGGAGGACUUCCCACCGCCCAGCCCCACCACGGCACAGCCCCUCUACGCUCACACACUGAGUCAGGAAGAGACCAUAAUUAUCGCCCUGGCAACAGUCUCCGUGCUGGCCGUGGUUGCUGUAGCAGCCUUCUUUGGUUACCGCAUGAUGCACGGAAACGGUAAGCAAGGCCUUCACAACCUGAACAUGAUGGAGGCUGCGGGCUCGGAGAGCUCUCUGGACCUAGACAAUCUCAAACUGCUGGAGCUGAUAGGGCGCGGUAGAUACGGCACGGUGUACUGUGGCUCUCUGGAUGAGCGGCCUGUGGCUGUGAAGUUGUUUACUGCAGCCAACCGCCAAAACUUCCUCAAUGAAUGCUCCAUCUACCGGCUACCACUGCUGGAGCAUGACAACAUCGCCCGGUUUGUUGCCGCCGACGAGCGGACGGGCCCCGAGGGACGCACGGAGUACCUGCUGGUCAUGGACUACUACCCGCAUGGCUCUCUGAGUCGCUACCUGGGCCUCCAGACCAACGAUUGGGUCAGCAGCUGCCGGCUCGCUCACUCCGUCACCCGCGGCCUGGCGUACCUACACACUGAGCUCUUCAAAGGAGACUUGUACAAGCCAGCGGUUUCCCACAGGGACCUGAACAGUCGGAAUGUUCUCGUCAAGGCUGACGGCACGUGUGUCAUCAUCGAUUUCGGCCUGUCCAUGAAGCUGACAGGAAACAGGCCGGCGCGUCACGGCGAGGAGGAAAACGCUGCUAUAAGCGAGGUGGGGACGAUCCGCUACAUGGCUCCAGAGGUCCUGGAGGGGGCUGUGAACCUGAGGGACUGUGAGUCGGCCCUGAAGCAGGUGGAUAUGUACGCUCUGGGCCUGAUCUACUGGGAGUCCUUCAUGAGAUGUACCGACCUUUUCCCUGGAGAGUCUGUGCCAGAGUACCAGAUGGCCUUUCAGGCGGAGGCAGGGAACCACCCAACGUUUGAGGACAUGCAGGUCCUGGUAUCCAGGGAGAAGCAACGGCCCAAAUUCCCAGAGGCCUGGAAAGAGAACAGUUUGGCGGUUCGCUCUUUGAAGGAGACGAUGGAGGACUGUUGGGACCAGGACGCAGAGGCCCGACUCACAGCACAGUGUGCCGAGGAACGACUGGCAGAACUGCUCCUCAUAUGGGACCGCUCCAAGUCUGUCAGCCCCACGCUCAACCCCAUGUCCACCACACUGCACAACGAGAGAAAUCGCAUGACGCCGAAGUCUGGUCCGUAUACAGACCACCCCUCCACUUACAUUGAAGAACAUGAGGGCGUUGCAAAGAACACACAGGCUGACACCACUGGCUCUGUGAGCGGCCGGACUGGGGCUGGGACCGGGACCGGAGAGAGAAACAGGAAUUCCAUCAACCAGGAGCGCCAGCAGCAAGCCAACGCCCGCCUGCCCAGCCCAGAGGGCAGCAGCACCAGCAUGGGCCUGAGAGGCAGCCCCUCCGCCUCCACUACAACCACCACUAUAAUCUCUGACUCUGAGGGACCUGCAGGGACCGCCUCAGUCCCCGUCUGCCCCCACCUGACUCAGGAAGACCUGGAAACCACCAAGCUUGACCCGAAAGAAGUAGACAAGAAUCUGAAGGAGAGCUCAGAUGAGAACCUGAUGGAGCACUCCCAGAAGCAGUUCUGCUCUCCAGAUCCGCUGAGCCCCGGCAGCUCCAGCCUCCUUUACCCCCUCAUCAAGAUGGCUAGUGAGGCAGCAGGCACGUCAGACCCCGCUGCCCCCAUGCCCACCACCAUCUUCCCCUUGCCCAAGCAGCAGAACUUGCCCAAGAGGCCGUCCAGUCUGCCACUGCGCACCAAGCCCACCAAGAAGGAGUCGUCAUCGUCAUCACUUAGAUUCAAGUUUGGUCGCUCGGGGAAGUCCAACCUGCGGCAGGUGGAGGGAACAAAGAUGAACAUUGGUGCAGUAACAGGCACAAACACAACUGUGGAGGCUCACCGGGGUGCAGGCACAAACAACACACCUGCUCUACGAGACACGCAUGUCAAUGGGAGCGUAAACGGCGCCGUUAACGGUCACGCCGGUGCUGGGAUCUCGUCCAUAGCUACAGGUGGAGCGACAGGUUUCAGCAUAAAUCAGAACGGCUCCGGAGCCCUGAGGUCAGACGAUAGCCGUCUGAGCCUCGGCGUCAUCACAGCCAGCCCCGACGAACACGAGCCGCUUCUGAGCCGCGAGCGAGAGCAGCCCGAUCCGAGAGACACGUCGUCGAGCGUCGCAGCUCUCCGCUCGGCACGUCCCAACACGAACAACAACAACAGCAACACUGGCCACGGCCAGGGGGAUGGGGAGAGCGGAGGAGAGAGUGAUGGAGGCGAGGAUGAGGGAAGCGGGGAAGGAGGAAGCAGGGAAACCACGGGGCCCCCAGGAGAAAGCUCGGGGUCCGGAUCUGGCAUCACUGUCCCUCAGGGGCAGGCUCCGGUCAUCAUGAGAGGGGAGGCCCUGCUCAGGCAGCCCAGAGCCCGCAGGCCUGAGAGACCGAACUCCCUGGACCUGUCCUUCACUACACAGGAUCUGGGCUCACUAGGGGAGGGCUUGGUACAGGCAGACGGAGCCUUCGGGACAGGAGAGAAAAUCAAGAAGCGCGUCAAAACGCCUUAUUCCCUGAAGAAGUGGCGACCCACCACAUGGGUCAUCUCCACAGACACCAGGGGACCGGAGGUCAACAACAACGGGUCCUCCCGUGGUCGAAGUCACAGUCAGAACCGGCCCAAGUCCAGUUCGGCCAUCUACCUGCGGGGGGGGAGCUUGGCCAGCGAGCCCAGCGACACGCAUGUGUGAACACGGGCUCUCUUAACAAGAUUGAAAGAAGAAAAAAAACCCAGAGAGCGUUUGGUUUCUGUCUGUUGAGCUCUCUGCUCUAAAUCAGCAAGAGGAAGCUAUGGAGUGUCUUGUGAACAAACAGUCUGAUCGUGUACAGUAAUUAGGUCUGUCUCACUCCUGUGUGUCUUUCUGAUGAUGGCAUUGCUUUAAAUGGAAUCCAGCUAUGCAGCAUUCUGCUUCUGUUCCCGCAUUUUUAUUAAUCUCCCUUUGUCGUUUAUUUCUUUCCCCAUGUUUCAUCCUCAUGAGCACAGCAAUGUUUUAAAUGGAUUUCUUUCUUUCUAUGUGCACUUUGAACCGACUUAAAUCAGUGUUUAGAAGUCCUGUCUGUUGCGACCACAACAAGAAGUGGUCUCUAAACUUAAAAAGGCGAUGAAAAACAAUCAACACUGAGCGUUCUUUCACGUACUUUGCUGUAUCAAGCAAUGUUUGAGAGUAGGCUCUGUAAAAGAAUUGACUGUCUUAAAAGACAGAACUACUAUAAAGAAACAAAUGUAUUUCCUUGAUUUGUAUGCAAUACCAAUUUGAGUCUUUUUCGACUACGUAUCCAUUUUUUGUAUCAUACUUUUUAAUUGUGCAAUAGGAUUUAGGUUUUGAUGCUUUCAAUGUUUUUAUCGCUUCCAUUUGUUCAUCGUUUUAUCCCGUCAUUAUUUUUGAUAUGUUAAUCUCUGUUGCACUUAUGAAUUGUCACAAUCGUUUUGUAAACAAUCCACCUUACACUAUCCACCCCCUGACUCGAGAGGAAAAAAUGGAUGACAAUCCUCCUCUCUUUCCUUCUUCUCUGGACUAAUUUAGGGGGGCACAAACACGAACAAUCAAUCCCAGCUGACUGGAAAGGUGGGUUUUCAUGGAACUCCUCUGCUUGCACAAUUACACCAGGAAUGGCUCAAACUCUGGGGUCUUUUAACACUACAAUCACCAGAAUCAAAUCUAUGGAGAGAUCUGUUACAGUGGCCAACUCAAUCACUGUACCACUAUCACCUCACCUCACAGGGGACUGUCCUUAUGCGACUGAAAGACCAGAAACACUAGAAAGCCCAGAUUCUGCUCUUUGAACUGUUUGAAAUCAGAAACUAGUCUAAAAGAAACCAAACCCCUCUGAAGCACGCUGGAUAUUAUUUCUGCUUCUUGUUGUCUCAUCCCUCGAUGUUCGAAUGACUGAUUCAGUGUGUGCGAGUGUGCACGUUUUGUGUUUCUUUACGUCAGCAAGCAUUAGAAUUGUUGGGGCCUAGCGCUGUACAGGCGUGCUGAAAUGUCAUUGUACUCAUUCUGUUCUUUCAGCGCUGCUUCAAGGGCAUAUGAAGAGAUCUCAUUUAUGUUUUUGUAAUCUGUAAUUUUAUGAAAAAAACAUGUAUGUGUAUUGCAUCGAUAUUUGCAUUGUUUUUAUGGAAUUCUGUUUUGCAUUCAAUGGACAUGGCCUUUGAUUCCAUUGCUAUGCAUCUGCUCGGUACAGUUUCUGUAAACAUUUUCAAGUCAAUAUGGAAGAAAAAAAACAUAAUAAAUGUAUGAAAUAAU